AUGCCAAACUGGAGAGACGAAUAUCUCUCUUCCCUAAGGGAAUCAGAGCUCAACAGCCCCGUCAACAUGGAGCUCGUCCAAGCCUGUUCACAAAUGGCAGACCGCAUCUCAUCCCUGGAAGCCGAGAAACUCGCCUUGGAAUCUCACCUCGCCGGUCUGGGGAACAACCGGUCAAAGUCGCCAUCCCUCCAGCCAGGCGAGGCAGCAGCCAACGAUCCUGGCGUGGCUCAGCUUCGUCUUGACCUGGCUGAGGCUUUACGCUCCAGAGGUGUGGCAGAGACGCGACUGCGGACCGCGGAAGAAGAACUGGACAAGCUGCGCUCAAAAACGAAACAGGACUCCAAAUCCAUCAGAGAUCUCACUGGAGAGCGGACAACCCUUGCCACCAAGGUAAACGACCGGGAAUACGAGCUCAGAGAGAAACGGAAGCUAGUCGAGAAUGUCCAAGACGAGAUGAUUGCACUAAACCUACAACUCUCCAUGGCGGAAAAGGAGAGGGACCGGCUCAAGAAGGAAAACAGCGAGCUCAUCGACAGGUGGAUGAAGAGAAUGGGCCAAGAGGCCGACGCCAUGAAUCUGGCAAACGAGCCCACGAUGGGAAAGGGGCGGUAG